AUUCUGCGUUAUUACUUCUUCAAUAUUGUAAAGAGUUUGAUUUUAAAAGAUAAUUUCACCGAUUACCUCAUCGGUCGGAAUACUCGUCCCCCUCGUCCUCCUCCUCCUCCUCCUCCUCGUCCUACUACUACUACUACUACUACUACUACUACUACUACUACUACUACUACUACUACUACUACUACUACUACUACUACUACUACUAAAAAAUAA